CAUAUAGCCGGACGUUCGCAUUGAGUUUGGAUUUUCUGGCAGUGGCAAGAGCGAUGCGAGACAAGGGGUGUAGCUGAGAUAGAGAGAUAAAGUGGAAUUCAGUUAAAUAUAAUACCUCGUCAGAAUAUAAUUUUGUCCCCGUUUACAGGAACGCGCACAGUGAACAUGUCGGUGUUGGCUCUGCAAGAGUACGAAUUUGAGAGACAGUUCAACGAGGAAGAAGCCAUACGAUGGAUGCAAGAAAACUGGAAGAAGUCAUUCCUCUUCUCAGCCCUCUACGCUGCUUUCAUACUAGGUGGCCGCCAUGUGAUGAAACGAAGGGAGAAGUUUGAGCUGAGGAAACCGCUGGUGCUAUGGUCCCUCACUCUCGCAGUGUUCAGUAUAUUUGGUGCUGUCCGCACUGGGAGCUACAUGACAUACAUUCUGAUGACUAAAGGGCUCAAGCAGUCAGUGUGUGAUCAGAGCUUCUACAACGGGCCGGUCAGCAAGUUCUGGGCCUACGCCUUUGUGCUCAGUAAGGCACCAGAAUUGGGUGACACCCUGUUCAUCGUGCUGCGGAAGCAGAAGCUCAUCUUCCUCCACUGGUACCAUCACAUGACUGUUCUGCUGUACUCCUGGUAUUCUUACAAGGACAUGGUGGCUGGCGGCGGCUGGUUCAUGACCAUGAACUACCUGGUCCACGCCGUCAUGUACUCUUACUACGCCCUGAGGGCGGCCGGCUUCAAGGUCUCAAGGAAAUUCGCCAUGUUCAUCACGCUCACGCAGAUCACCCAGAUGCUGGUGGGCUGCGUGGUGAACUACCUGGUGUACUCGUGGAUGCAGCAGGGUCAGGAGUGCCCGUCACACGUGCAGAACAUUGUGUGGUCCUCGCUCAUGUACCUCAGCUACUUUGUGCUCUUCUGUCAGUUCUUCCACGAGGCCUACAUUGACAAGACCAAGAAGGCAGCCGCAGCUAAAGCAGAAGCUGCCGCCGCAGCCACCAGGAAGACCCAAUAGAUGCAUUUGGGAGGAAAAGAAAGAAAGAAAGAAAGAAAGAAAGAAAGAAAGAAAGAAAGAAAGAAAGAAAGAAAGAAAGAAAGAAAGAAAGAAAGAAAGAAAGAAAGAAAGAAAGAAAGAAAGAAAGAAAGAAAAGGAUGGACAAGAGACGCAGGAACCAAUGACAGAGGAGAUGGGGAGAAUUAUCUAGGAAUGGAUGGAGGGAUGGAGAGAUGUAUGGGUGAUGGAUGGAUGGAUGGAUGGGUGGAGGAAUGAAAGAGGGAGGGUAGGCUGGGGGUGUGUGGAACACGCAGGAACAAAAGGCGGGCUGAUGUCUGUUUGUGCUUUAGCAUACUACUAACGUGCAGAUGUCAAAUCUUUCGCUUUGAUGGAGGUGCCAUCUCUAAAGAGCUGCACUGUGGAAGGAAGCACUACCUACCAAGGCAACGAACAGUCAGUGUGUCCUUCACCUGAUGUUUCUUUGGCUCCCACUUGAUUCUCCAUAUUUAUGGCAAAAAUAUAAAAUAAUAUCGAAGGGACAGUUACAUCUACUUGAAAGAUGUUACUUGAUAAAUAGGAAGUGUAUUGGUACUUAUGAAGAAUGAGGUGGCUUCAAUUUACGAUUGAAACCAUCUAGGUGUUUUUUGUCAAUGUCUUUUCUUCAUCAUUCUUUGUUUUUCUGUUUUGCUAUGUCAAAUUGUUUUAGACACUGGGAGUGUGUGAGAGGUAGACUUUUGUAUGACGGCUAACGUAUGUUCGGUGGAUGACUUGUACCGAUGGAGCGAACGACACUGUAACUUCUGUAUCCAUCGUUGCAACACAAUAUCUUCUCAGGUCUUAGGUUUCUCUCUAUUUUAGCCUAAAAUAUGCAUAUAAUCUUGAUAAAGAUAUUGAUAAAGAACAGAUAUGGGUUUAAAGAUGCCAAAAGACAUCAAAGGGGAAGGCUGCUUAAUUAGAUACAAACAUCUGAUCUGAAGGCCCAUUGGAGAAAAUAAGUAAUGUGACCACAAUGUAUGUGUGUGGCAUGAUGGGAAACGGAGUCUGAACGUGAUCCGUUCAACUGCAUAUACUGACCUCACAAAGUCACCGACCACAUUGGAAAGUGAGACACCAUACAUUUCCAAAGACUUUAACGAAAGAAAGGGUCUCGGAAAAAGGCCUCGAGACCGUUGGACUUCGAAGUGAGUUGAAUUUAAAACAUAUUUUUGUUGAAGAAAAAAACAUGCAAUUGUCAAAAUUCACUGUUAUAACUUUAAGUAACCUGUAUAUUUUAAUGGUGUCUGUCAUGCUAUUGUUCGUUCGCACUGUAUCAAUGUAAAGCCUUGUUGCUGAAGUGGAUAUUAAUGUAUGAACCAAGAGUGCAAACAAAGUGUUAUUCUGCC